CCUCCCAGGUGGUACAAGCUCCACUCCAAGCCGGGCAAGAAGGAGAAGGAGCGGGGCGAGAUCCAGCUGAGCCUGCAGUUCACGCGCCACAGCCUGACGGCCAGCAUGUUCGACCUGUCGGUCAAGGAGAAGCCACGCUCUCCCUUCCGGCGGCUGAGGGACAAGAUGAAGGGGAAGCACAGCUACGACCUGGACUCCUCUUCCGCCAUCGUGCCCAGCAGCACUGGGGCCCUGGACGACGACUUCCGCCUGGGGGCCCCCAAGGACAAGGGCCGGGGGAGCUUCUUCUUCAAGGGCCAGCUGCGCCGCUCCUCCCUGACCCGCUCCAGCACCUCCCUGGGCUCCGCCAGCACCCUCUCCUCCGCCAGCAGCCUGGCGGCCCUGGGCAGCGCCGAGGGGGGGGCACCCUCACCCAGCCGGCACAGCAGCCUCUCCACUGACCCUGCCGGAAGAGACUUUCUGCCCUCCCCCCAGCUGACUCACAAGAGGGCCUUCAGCGAUGAGGUGUCCCAGAUCAACCUGCUGCCAGAAGCCAUCCAGGGCCUGAAGACCCCAAAGGACCCCUCCUCGGGGUCCUCACUCUGCAUCAAUGGGAGCCACAUUUACUGCGAGGAGCCCUCCCCCAAACCCUCCUUCCUCUCGACGGCCACCCUCCCUCCCGCCCUGAGCGAUCCUAGCAAGCGGGACCGGAGGGGCUCGGGGGCCGGACUGCCUGCUGUCGAACCGGACCUGCCGCCCUGGCCUGCCAGCGGUCUCCAGAAAGGACCCCCGAAAGACCUGCCCCGGUUCAUCCCCUCGCCCCCCAUUUUGGCGGCCCAGGAGGAAGACAAGCUCUCCGUCAAGACCAUCGCCCUGAACAAGCAGCGGGUCCGAGCCAGACGGGAGGAGGAGGAGGGGCUGCAGGCUGAGAGCAAGCCCGUCCCCAUGGCCGCCCCGCUGGCUUUCCCCUCGGAGGUCCGGAGGGUCAGGCCUCAGGACGAGAGGGACCAUCGCGGGAGCCUCAAGGGCCACGGCCAGAGCCCCGAGCCGACUCUGGGGGCCACGCCUGGAGGGAAAGAGGAGGCUUGGAGUGGUGGCAGCAGCCGGAUCAGUCUGGGAGACCCCAGGGAGCCAGCUCGAAAGCCCAG